AGAGAGGGCUACCUCUCCUCUGUUUGAGAACAGCCAGAGUAAGGGCAAAACACAGCCUCUCUUGAGAUAGGAGUGCAAGUUUGCUUCCGGCUAAAAGUUAAUGAUCACUUGCCUUUGUUCUCAGCUCUGAGACCUGCGAAGAGCUGCAAACUUGAGUUCUCCCUUUAUUCAGAGGCCAUUUGAAUGUCAAAGACAGAAGUAGAAAUGACACUACCACCUCCUGAUGGAGGAUGGGGCUGGGUAGUGAUUGGAGCAGCUUUUAUCUCCAUUGGUUUUUCAUAUGCACUCCCCAAAGCCAUCACAGUAUUCUUCAAAGAAAUCCAGUUAGUAUUCAACACUUCAUACAGUGAUGUAGCAUGGAUUUCAUCCAUUAUGCUGGCUGUUAUGUAUGCAGGAGGUCCUAUUAGUAGUAUAUUGGUGAAUAAUUUUGGGAGCCGGCCUGUGGUAAUAGCAGGAGGUUUAUUAUGCUGUGUCGGAUUUAUUUGUGCCUCUUUUAGUGCAAGUGUUUUACACCUUUACAUCACUGUAGGACUCAUUGGAGGUAUAGGCCUGUCCUUCAACCUACAACCGGCCUUAGCAAUAAUUGGCAAAUACUUUUACAAGAAACGCCCUUUAGCAAAUGGAAUAGCCAUGGCUGGAAGUCCUGUUUUUUUAAGUACAUUGGCCCCUUUCAGUCAGUACCUUUUGAAUGAUUAUGGCUGGAAAGGAAGUUUUCUGAUUUUGGGAGGUUUGUUGUUGAAUGCCUGUGUGGCUGGAUCACUCAUGAGACCACUUGGCAAUCGCGAAGUCCCUUCCAAUGAUAAAAGUGUUGAUGGAAUGAAAACCAAAGGAGUAAAUAUGAAAUCAAGACACUCUAAAUCAUCAAUAAGUAAAUCAGUAAAUAACUGUUUAGAUUUAUCUCUUUUUAAACAUAGAGGAUUUUUAAUAUAUUUAUCUGGAAAUGUCAUCAUGUUUUUAGGGUUUUUUGCCCCAAUUUUAUUUUUGACUUUAUAUGCUAAAGAUAAGGGAAUUGACGAAUAUUCUGCAGCUUUUUUAUUAUCUGUUUUUGCUUUUGUUGAUAUGUUUGCUAGGCCUUCUGCCGGAUUAGUUGCAAACACUAAAUAUAUCCGACCUCGACUCCAGUACUUCUUCAGUUUUGCAAUCAUGUUUACUGGAGUGUGUCAUCUCUUGUUUCCACUGGCCCAGAACUAUACAAGUAUGAUCGUUUACGCUGUAUUUUUUGGUCUCGGAUUUGGGACCGUUAGCAGUAUUCUUUUUGAAGCUCUUAUAGACCUUGUUGGUGCUGCAAGGUAUUCCAGUGCCGUGGGACUCGUCACAAUUGUCGAAUGUUGCCCAGUGCUUCUUGGUCCUCCCCUUGCCGGUAAAAUGGUGGAUUACACCAGAAGCUACAAAUAUAUGUAUAUCAUCUGUGGAGUUAUUAUCCUCCUAGCAAGUGUGUGGCUGCUCAUUGGUAAUGCUAUAAACUACAGGCUGCUCAAAAAGGAAAAUGAGCUGAAACCAUCAAAGAAGAAAAUUAGUAGUCGUGAAGCCAAGCUCUCUGAACCUUUGAAACAUGCCAAGAAUAAGGACACAGCAGUUAUUUCCUCAGAAAGAGAAACUAAUAUUUAAUAAUGAUCAUAAUUAAUAAGGCUUUCAGUGUUUAUGAUGUUCUUAGGAGUAUUUUUAUUGUCAAAAUGUAUGAGAAAAUGAUUUUGUUGUUAAAAUGUGAUGUAACUAAGGAUGGAGAUGCAGUUUUCCUUAAUUACAAAUUUUAAAUAAGUUGUUUUUAAACUUGCAUGGACAGGCUCAAGAGACAGCACUGUGCUUACAGUGCUUCUCUUGCAUGUAACUACUCUUGUUCAGUACCUGGCAUUGAGACAAUUUCCUGAACAACAUCAGGAGUGAUCCCUGAGCACAGAGUGAAAAGCAAAUUCUAAACACUCCCUGGUGUGGCUCCCAAACAAACAGAAAAUAGUGAAGUUACUUGAUUAGUUAAAUUUGGAAGAUAAUACGA